AUGAUACCGGUAAAUGUUCAAUUCAAAAUCAACGGUCCUGUAAAUGCUCGUUGGAUAUUGCUACGUCUGGUUCCGAUCAAAAACGAGCAAGAUUCGGUCGUACUAUUUUUGCUCACUUUCCGAGAUGUGACCGCCUAUCGACAACCGGUCGAGGAUGACUUGGCGGCCAAUUCAGCCCUGGGUGCUUUUGCCGCGGCCAGUGAUCCUGGAAGCAGCUGGGGUCGGUUUGCUCGCCUCGUAUUCUCCAUGGUUCGUCAACGUACAGGAUCAAUGACUGAGCGCGAUGGGGGUGAGGAACAGAACACGGGCGAGAUAAACAACACCAUUCCCGGUUCGGAUGUUCCGAAUAAGUUGAAUGAAUGCAACCUUGUUUCUGGGGACCUCGAUCAGAGUGCUUCAAAUCCGCCUAAAUUCGCCCCGACGGAGAACCGGAAGCGUGAUUCUCUCCCAACCACAUGUUGCGAGGUCGGCGAGUUGAACACCGAUCAGCGACUAAAACUGUCCGCACCACAUGCGGAACGUUCCAAGUCCGAGUGCGUCAAAGUGACGGAUCGGACAAAUUUUCUCGAAUUACAAAGACUGGAAGAGGCAAUGUGCAAGGCGGAUGAAAUGGAUACAGUGUUUGGGCCACCCAAGCGAACGAUCCUAAGACGCCUAUUCCGAACGCGUCGUAAUGUGGUCCAUACCAGCGUGACUGAUUCAACCAGUUUGGGUUCCAGUACAAAACGAUCCGGAAGUACACGGAUUGUAAACCCAAACCCAGAUAGCGAAGACUAUAGCAACAAUCAUUGGCUGUCGUCCGAAACCGCUCCCAAAUAUCGUUUGGAGCCCCCGUGUCCCCCCAAACAUGUACUACUUCACUAUUCCGCAUUCCGCCUGAUUUGGGAUUGGACCAUUCUUUUACUGACCGGUUACACGGCUGUCGUUGUUCCCCUGCGUUUGGCAAUCAUACCUCGCCCGACUUGGGUGGCUGUCAGCAGUGCUCCCCCGUUGGAUACGCAUCGAUCGUUAAGCACAUGGAUGACUCGACCCAGUGUACCGGAAUCGUUAGCCAUAGCGGACGCAGUGAUUGAUAUCAUAUUCUGUUUGGAUAUUGUGCUCAACUUUCACACCUCAUUUGUCGGGGCCGGUGGAGAGGUGGUCGCUGAACCACCGGUGAUUCGAGUGAACUAUCUGAGUGGUUGGUUCACCUUGGAUUUGAUAUCCUGUCUUCCGUAUGAGAUUAUCAAGUACUGUUGGUCAUCGGAAAAUCAGGAACUGCACAGUCUUUUAGAUGGAUUACGUAUUAUCCGGUUAUUACGCAUUGGACGAGCAGCACGACGCAUUGAUCAAUACUUGGAAUACGUGUCCACCCUGUUACUACUCAUGAUCGUGUGUUUUUUCCUCCUGGCUCAUUGGUUCGCAUGCGCGUGGUACGCGGUCGGGGUGCUCGAUUUGGAAAACAAAAUCCAGUACGGUUGGAUUCCACGCUAUUUUAACGACUCACUGAGACCGCAAAAUUGGAAUGCAUUUGUCACAUUUGAUUCGUGGGACACGAACACCUCCAAUGUGGAAUCGAACAAUGGACACUAUGAACAGGAACCGUGGAUUCGAAAAACUCGAAUGGCCUGGGAUGGUCAAUCGUUGCAUCAGUCCAUCAGUCCAUCCUCGAUGGGCAAACAAUUUGGCGUGGGCGAGCGAACUCCACGAGAUUUGUCCUUUAGAAAACCGGUACCAUUACAAAAUGCCAUGGACAAAUGGUCCGCCUAUCUGACUGCGUUGUAUUUCAGUCUUUCUUUGUUGACUACCAUCGGUUUUGGUAACGUGGCUGCAUUCACGGAGGCGGAGAAAAUGCUGUCUAUCUGUUGCAUGUUGAUUGGAGGUGAGUAA